AUGGUUGAGAUCAAGCGAAACCCUACACGUCCCGUCAGAAUCGGCUCGAUCACGAUCGGCGCCGACAACGUGAUCGCCGUGCAGAGCAUGACGGCGACCAGCACGCAGGACAUCGACGCCACGGUGGCGCUAGUGAAUCGGAUGGCAGACGGCGGGCCGGGCGUUGGCGCCGAUGUAGUGCGGAUCGCUGUCGAUAGUAAGGCCGACGCCGCGGCGCUCGCCGAGAUCCGUAAGCAAACCACCGCGAACCUAUCGGUCGAUCUGCAAGAGAACUAUCGGCUUGCUGAGUUGGUGGCGCCGUACGUCGAUAAGCUGCGCUACAACCCGGGGCACCUCUACCACCACGAGCGCGACAAGCCGUGGCAAGAAAAGGUCGCGUAUCUCGUCGGCGUCGCGCGCGACAACGACUGCGCGAUCCGUGUCGGCGUCAAUUGCGGCAGCGUUGAUCCGGCUAAGAAAGCCAAGUACGCCGCAGACGACUCGAUUGGCCCGAUGCUCGAGUCGGCGCUCGAUCACUGCGCGUACCUCGACGAGCUCGGAUUCACGCGCUACUGCGUGUCGCUGAAGGACUCGGACCCGAAGCUCGUCGUCGAGGUCAACACACGCUUCGCCGAAGCCCGGCCCGACGUUCCGAUCCACCUGGGCGUCACCGAGGCGGGCAUCCCGCCCGAGGGCGUCAUCAAGACGCGCAUCGCCUUCGAGCAGCUGAUCUCCAAAGGGAUCGGCGACACGCUGCGGGUGUCGCUUACGGUCCCCAAUCAUCGCAAGCGAGAAGAGAUCGAAGCGGGUCGUUCGAUCGUCGCCGACAUCUACGCCGGCCGCGUCCGCAGCGUCGUCGACUACGGCCUGCCGACGAUGAACAUCAUCAGCUGCCCGAGUUGCAGCCGCGUCGAGAACGAGGCGUUCGUCGAGUUGGCGGAGAAGGUCAAGGAGAUGACGCGCUACGCCAAAGACCAUGCGAUCACGAUCGCCGUUAUGGGCUGCCGCGUGAACGGACCCGGCGAGACCGACGACGCGGACCUCGGCCUCUGGUGCGGCCCGAACUUCGUGAACCUCAAACGCGGCGAAGAGGAACUGGGCCGCUAUGGGUACGACGAAAUCUUGCCGCGGCUGAAGAGCGAACUCGAUGCGCUGAUCGCGGCGGGCUCUUGA